UCAAUUGCACCAUCAGCGAUAUCUGCCCCAGCUCUGUCACUGACAAGAGGUUCCCUGAAGAUCAGCACCAUUUCACCCCCAGUCUCUAAGGCCAAAGUACCCAAAUCAAAUACAACAUCACUUUCCCCUGCUGUAGGUGCUACAGCUGUGGGAAUUAUUACUUCAUCAGUUUCUGCAUCCACAUCUUCAACAGCUUCUCCUCCUGGCUCAGUAAACUCCUCCCAGUCUUCAGUACCUCCAAAUAUUACAACAUCACGGUCACCAACAGCAGCCGGACAUAAUAUUUCAUCACUUACUUCAAGAUUUGUCCAACUUGGAAAUGCGAAUAGACCUGACUCUCCUACUUUAGGCCCUAUAUCUUUGAAUAGAACUUCAGCGGUAACUCCAUCACCCUUCACAAUCAUUAAGGAAGUGCUCAUAUAUGUCAAGAUUGUGUUUGUCACUCACACAAUUAUGCCCAGUGAAAGUGAAAUCCUUAAUAUUGCCAAUACUCUGCUAAAUCCACAAGCAAGAUCUGAAAUUAUAACACUGAUUAAUCUAAGAAGCAUUCAAAACAUCACAUAUGAAAAAAUCUCAGACACUUCAUUUGGAAUCAUUUUGACCUACUUGAUGAGUAAUGUCAAAAUCGAUGCAAGAAUUUCGCUGACAAAUCAGAUCCAGCAAGACAUAAACCUGUUGAUGAACCUUAUCCUCGCUGACCCCUUAUCCAAUUCUAACAUCACCUAUCCGAAGGCGACCUUUAUUAAUGAUAAUAAUCGGAUCGUCGCAAAUGAGACCUACAUCUUUGAGAUGGGAGACGUUAACAAUCCAAGCAGAUUCUUGUACGCGAUCAUGAAACUCAUUGGUUUAGUAACUACUCCACCCCCUACCACUACUGCCCCUGGCCUCCUUCCCACUCUCUACAUGACCUUGCCCUCCUCUGGUACCACGGCUGGGUUGGGAAAUCAGAGAUUUCCCACGUGGGCCUUGGCUAUCAUCAUACCCUGUGCCAUCGCCAUCAUCCUCAUUCCGCUAUGGAUUCUGCUAUGCUGCUUCCUGUUCGGAUGCUGCGCGGCCAUCAGACGGCACUUCAGCAGACGGAGAUCAUACCAUAUAAACAGGACUCAUUAUGACAUCUUUUAAAAUGAAACGACACGCAGAGAGACACAGAAGCAUCAUGCACGCUUACAAAAAUAUGUAUCUUUAAUGUUACGUAGAAAUACUGAGAAAUGUAUUAAGAUCUAUUUUCAAUCAAUGUAUAUGUAGGUUAAAACAAUUUUGCAAUAAUAAGAUAAGCGAUCAUUAUUAUUUAUUACUUUUAAUAUAUGCCUCAAAAAUCAUUGUGAUGGCUUGAUA